AUGUUUAAAUCCAAAGUCUGUGUCACAUAAUAAUAAGAAUUAAUUGUUUUAAAUUUCAAACUCCUUGUCAGUGAUGUCUAUGACGGUGAAUAACUUUUAAAUAUAGCCUUCAACUACAGCGCACAGAUGUUUGUGAAAUAUCCAGUUGUUUGCGUUACUGAUUUCUAAGAACUUUUGCCCUAUAAGGAGGCAGCCCCAGCGUCACUUCCUUGCGCUGAUUUUAUCUCAUUGCGGUCUCCUGGUUUUGUCAGCCUUCCUCAAAAGUACCUUGUCACUCUCCCCACUGAUCAGUAAUAACUGUUACACAGCGCACUCAAGAGUGCACACAGACACACGCGCUCACGGACAGCACAGAUCUCGGUUCCUUCGUUCCUCCUGCUAGCAUGGUCCUCCUCUUGCAUGUGAUACCAGCCACAUCAGCUCUGAUGUACAUACUUGUCAUGUCCCGUGUUGCAAGACUAAGCACAGCCAAGCUGUGUGGAGCCACUGUUGUCACACAGAGCAGGAAAUUAGCCAACUUCUUGCAGAAUCAAUCAGAGGAUCUCCUGAAAACCUAUAUAUCCAAGCAAGGAGAGGGGUUCCCCCAAACGACCUCUCUCUGCACGGAACAGGUGGAGGGCUUCCCAGAAGGCAACGUCUCAGACAUGAAGCCUAAGGAAAUGCUCAGCAGCAUCUACAUCACCCUCAGACACCUGGAUGGGCAUUUUCAAACCCUGCGCCAGCAGCAGCUCGGUCUGGUAUCUCCCCCGUCUGACCCUCUGCACAAAAAGCUGAUGGACACCCACAACCGCAUCCAGGACCUCGCUGGCAACAUAAAAUGUCUGCUGGAAGAAGUUCCUCCAGAGAUCUCCAUAACCAGCUCUUCUUCCAGAAGGGACAUCUUUUGGCAGAAGGUGGUCGGCUGCACGGUCUUAAGAAAAUAUUCCGAAUUCCUCAAGCAAGUGGUAAGCGGAUUAAGCCACGUUAUCUCCAAAAGAUCGGCAGCAAGAGGAAAGGGGAUAAAGAGGAUACAGAAGAAAGUGUUGAGGUUAGGUGUCUCCUCGCCAUUAUGAGGUUCUCUGUGAACCCUCCUAGUUGGACCAGAGUAAACUGGACAGAAAUGACUGCCUUAUCAGCACUGUUAGCAAAACAGGUUUAUUUAUGUAAUUUAUGUAUUUAUUUUGAAAUAUUUAUAUAGCGUAUGAUUCUGUCCAAGUGUAGGAGUGUAUAAACCAGUGAUUCAAAUGCACUGAUUUGAUGGCAAGCUGAAAGAUUUCUAAACGUCAAGCGAUAAGCGUAGCAAGAAUCCAUUUAAAAUAACAAGGUGGUCCCGAAUGCCAGUUCAGCUUGCCACACUUGUUAACAGUUACAGCAAUGUCCUGGAUGUGUUUUGAAUUGCAGAUGGUCCAUAAAUGUGCUGAUGCAAAUCACUGUACUGAAUGUAAGGAUGGGCGACUUCAGUUUUAGGUCACCCAUUUCUAAAAUAUCAGCCAUAUUGGCUAGGCCAUGUUUGCAAACAGAAAUGCAGGGAUCUGUUUUAUCACAAUGCAUGGACUGUAGAGUCACUUGGUUACUUUUUGUUGCUGCUGUGGGUAAUGAAACCUUGCAAGAGCAGGCAUGACAAUUAGACAUCAUUCUACUGCACCGGGCUGCAUCUGAGGCUAGGAGACGCAGGUAAACAUGCAAACCCACUGACUCCUGGAAAGUCAAAUUUUUAUUGGGAGAGACUUCACUCUGCGGCUUACGCACUGUAUCGCGCGUGCCUUUUCUUUUGAGCACCCUGCUCCAGGUACUAAUAGCUAUACCUUACAGUUUGAACCCAGGCCCCAGUGUGUGUUAGCCUGCAGGGCUCUGUGACCACUGCAAGUUUAAUACCAAUUUCCAUUGCUGUUACUGUACCAGUACAUGAAUGUCAUUUUCUAUGUUUAUUUAAAUUGUUUGUUAUUUAUGCAUAUUUUUGUA